AUGGAACCCAGUCUGGAAGCAGCCCGGAUCAAGUCCUUGUCUGAUGACGCAUUCUACAUUGCAGACUUUAUCACCGAGGAAGAGGAGGAGUUGCUGCUGCAGAAGAUAACCACUGCCCCUCUCCCCCGGUGGACUCAGCUCUCCCAUCGACGUCUUCAAACAUGGCCCUCUGCUCUGACCACAUCAAAUACUCUAAUCGCAUCGCCGUUGCCCUCAUGGCUCGUCUCGCCUAUCAUCAACCCUCGCUUGAACUCACUUGGCAUCUUCGUAGGCGCGCCUCACGGCGCUCCAAACCAUGUCCUGGUGAACGAAUACUGUCCCGGCCAAGGAAUCAUGCCGCAUGAAGAUGGAGCCGCGUACUAUCCCCUGGUUGCGACCGUGAGCCUGGGAGCACCGAUUGUACUAGACCUGUAUCCGAAGCCCGGUUUGAGCAACGAUGGAAACCACAAUGUGGUGGGUGGCGCUCGGCAGCCCCAGUAUCGAAUCUUGCAGGAGAGGCGCAGUCUUCUGGUUACGAGGCGAAGUAUCUACACAGAUUUCUUGCACGGCAUUGCAGAGACCCGCAAGGACGAUAACCUAAGUGCUGACACCAUCUGUAAUUGGGAUCUGCUGCGUGAACGUGAUCGUUACCAGUGUGGUUGGUAUGAGAGGGAGACUCGCAUCAGUCUGACGUAUCGGGACGUGCUCAAGGUGUCAAAGUUGGGAAAUACGAUGAAAUUCCUAGGCGCACGAUGA